AUGUUAUCUCGUUCACUUCUAUUUUUUCAACAAUUAACAAUAAUCAAUUCAAAUCGAAGUCUUGCUAGAUUAUUUGGUCAACCAGUUAAACAAACUUUUGGUGGAAGAUUAAAACGACGUUUAAGAAAUGUUGUAAUUAUUUCUAUCGCUGGUUAUGGUAUAUUUCAUGGUUAUCGUAAAUAUCGUCAUUAUCGAUGGUUUAAAGAAAUGAAAGAUGCUGAUAACAUUGCUGGCACCAGACCGCGUAUUGUUGUUCUUGGCACAGGUUGGGGUGCUGUACCAUUUUUAAAACAUAUUGAUACUCAAAAAUAUGAAGUUGUUUGUAUAUCACCACGAAACUAUUUUUUAAUGACACCGUUAUUACCUUCUGUUGGCGUUGGCACAGUUGAAACUCGAACAGUAAUUGAAUCGAUUCGUUCACUUAUUGGACCUCGUAUUAAAUAUCUUGAAGCACAAUGUGUUAAUGUUGAUGUAAAAGCAAAAAAAGUUACAUGUAGUAGUAGUAAUGAAGAAAAAUCGAUAGAUGAAUCAGCCAAAGAAGCGAGCAGAGCAUCAUCAAGAGUUGUUAUUGAUUCGGCUCGUACUCGACCAGUAUUUGAUAUGAAUUAUGAUAUACUUCUUGUUGCUAUUGGAUCAGAAAAUAAUACAUUUAAUACUCCAGGUGUUAAAGAACAUGCACAUAUGCUUAAGGAAAUUAAUGAUGCUAGACGUAUUCGAUCAGCAAUUAGUGAUGCAUUUGAAUCAGCCAUGACUCCACUACAAACGGUAGAUGAAAGAAAACGUCUUUUACAAUUUGUAGUUGUAGGAGGUGGACCAACUGGUGUAGAAAUUGCUGCUGAAGUAAGUUC